AUCCAGAGUUUCCCUCAGACUGACAGAGUUCACAUCGGACCCAGAGACGCUCCAGGACGGACGGACAGGGUGUGUUUACCGGGACAGAGACCCGCAGAGCCCGGACCAAGGGCGGGCAGAACCGGACCAAGGGAGGACAGAACCGGACCCGGACCAGAGAUGGACUGAGGAGCUCAGCGAUGGCCGUUGUGUUUGGUGCUCGUGGAGGAGACGAAGCCCACUCCAGACUCCAUGUUGGUCGUCAUGGCAUCGUUGGAUGGACGUACGCCGGUUGAGACUCUGCUGGCUGCCAUCCACCUGGACAGAUACGUGGACACCUUCCGUCGUGCCGGUCUCCUAUUGGCCGGAGACUUCACCCACUUGGACCAUGAUGCUCUGGUCAGCCUCGGAGUGACCGCCACCGGACACAGGAAGAGGAUCCUACGAUUGGUCGGCCACAUCCAGAGAUCCAAUCAGAGGGCGGAGCUGCAGAGGGACCGCUGUCAGUCGGUGACAGAGCGCGCUCAGACCGUCGGCUUUGAGGUGUUCAGGAACAGCUCGGUGCCAAACCUGGCCGCCAUGUUGACGAACUCUGAUCCCGGCCGAGUGAAGCCGGUCCCCAAACCCAGAACUGUUUUCAACCGCCGUCGGACCACGCCCAUCAGCUUCAGCCCCGCCCCUGAGCCCACUCCAGCCCCGCCCAGGAGGAUGUCCCAGGAUUCCCUCUGUUUCACUGUCCUGGAGGGUCUGGACACACCCAUUUCCAAUGACAUCAGCACAAAGCAGACCAACCCCAGACAGAGGGGGUGGGGUCAAACUGGUCGCCAGAGGCCGUGUCGUAGCCUAUCACUGUCGGACGCCGGGGGGGCGUUACCUCCUGUUCCCCCAAGGAUGAACCGAGGGGUUCCCCCCGCCUCCGUCCAGGGGUCACCGCCCUCUGCUUCUUCUUCUUCUACUGAACCAAAUGAGCAAAGUCAGACACUUCCGGCUUCUCCUGGCCCCUCCCCCUCCACCUCACCUGCAGGAGAGGGAGGGACCAUGGAGAUGGUGUCUAAUGAAAUCUACUGGGGCUCCUCAGCUUGUUCUACUGCCCCCGCUGGAGGGAGGAGUUACUGCAGCCAACCAUCUGCUCCCCCCACACCUCCAAGACAAACAUCAGACCGCAACCGAGAGAGGAACAGUGGCAGCACUUUAAGCAACAACUCUUCCGGAUCAGCCCGAGUGUCGACGGAUGAUCCUGAGGAGGAGAUCAGUCCAUACUGUGAAACCGUUUUCCAAAGCAGGAAACCCCCACACAUAACUGAGAAUGAGAGGAACAGACCUGACAUGAGGACCUCACCACAUACAGACGAUCAUGGGUGUCAGAAGCUGUCGUGGACCAAGCGUCUGUCUCAGGUUCUUCACUCUGGUGACUGUCAGGGUUACAGUACCGUGGGUGAAGCUCCGCCUCCUCUCCGAUACACCCUCCCCUCAGAUGUAGACGAGGACCUGACCAUCUCCCCUUACGCCAGCUACACCUCCCUGAGCGACAGAGCCCCGCCCAUCAUCAGCGGUUGGCUGGACAAGUUGUCGCCACAGGGGAACUACGUUUUCCAGAAACGCUUCGUUAAGUUCGACGGCAAAAACCUGAUGUACUUCGGCAGCGAGAAGGACGCCUACCCUAAAGGAGUGAUCCCAUUGGCUGCCAUCCAGAUGUCCCGGCCCGCCAAAGACAACAAGUUUGAGAUCGUCACCAGUCACAGGAUCUUUGUCUUCAGGACUGAAAAUGAAGUGUUGCGGCGCCGCUGGGUUUCCACGCUGCAAGACCACGUCAGAGAUCAGCUGGUUUUCGGUCGACGGCGUUUCGGUCCUGGUUCUCACUGUCAGAAACAUGGAGGUCUGGAACUGAAAGGAACCAAAUCCAAAGUGUACAUGGCCAUCAACACGGAUCAGAUCUGGCUCCACAAGAACGAGCAGUGUUUUCGGAACGGAAUCGGCAUCACGGUGAUCGAAGCUCGAGGAGCAACGAUCCGAGACGGAAAACACAAGAGCUUCGACCUCAUCACACCGUACAAGACCUUCAGCUUCUCCGCCGAGUCGGACCGGGACAAACGGGACUGGAUGGAGGCGCUGCAGGAGUCCAUCGCCGAGACGCUGUCGGAUUACGAGGUCGCUGAGAAGAUCUGGUCGAACCGGUCGAACCGGGCAUGUGCAGACUGCAAAGCCCUGAACCCGGACUGGGCCUCCAUCAAUCUGUGUGUGGUCAUCUGCAAGAACUGUGCAGGGCAGCACAGAGGACUGGGAACAAUGGUUUCAAAAGUCCAGAGUCUGAAACUCGACACUAGCGUCUGGAGCAACGAGAUCGUCCAACUCUUCAUCAUGUUGGGAAACGACCGGGCCAACGACUUCUGGGCGUCUCGACUGUCAGCGGCCGACGAGUUGGACUGCGACGCGUCUCCAGAGCAGAGGAGGGAGUUCAUUACCCAGAAGUACCGCGAGGGCCGGUUCCGCCUCCCACACCCGGGAUUCAGCAGCCAGGAGGAUCUGCUCAAGGUCCUCUGCUCUGCCGUCUCAGAACAGACUCUUCUGAAAACUGUCACUCAGAUUUUCUCGGAGGCGGAGUCAGCUCGACUCGCCAGUGAAUCAAACGGCUGCCAACAACGUCAGCUGGAUCAGAGUCCCGCCUCAGAUCCCGGUGUGUACGACGAGAUCAUGCAGCCGGUUCUUCAAUCUGGUUUCCUCUACAAAUCAGGAUCCGUGAACAGAGGAACACUGUCCCGGAAAACCAGAGAAGACUUCCAGAAGUUCUGGUGUUCUGUGGACCAGUCCAUCCUGUUGUACGAGUCGGAUCGAUCAGCUGAUCCGUGUCUUCAGAUCAACGUCAAAGACAUCGUGUGUUUAGGAGUCGCUCGACCUGACGGAUCCAACAACAACAACAACAACGGCUUCAUCGACAGGUUCCGUUACACCUUUGAGUUGUACCUGACGUCAGAGAAGUUCUACCAGUUCGGUUUGGAGACGGCCGACGCUCUGCACAGUUGGACCAAAGCCAUUGGAAAGGCGGCGACCCCUCUCAGCUGUCACUGCCUUCUGACCCGGGAGUUUGAGCGGGUCGGGCUAAUGCGGUACCGGGCCAUGUUGGACCCUCAGCAGUGGAAGGAGGCCUACUUCGUCCUGCAGAAGUCCAACCUGUUCAUCUGCCCCCGGAACGACGGCGCCGCCGAGGACAUCAUCAACCUGAACCGUCUGCAGGAGCUCAGCAUCGCCUCCGAGAAUGACAACCACGAGAGGAAAGACAUCCUGGUUUUAGUGGAGAAGGGACGGACGCUCCACCUCCAGGGCGUUGGACGGACAGAUUUCUCUCUGUGGUAUUCAGACAUCCAACGAGCAGCCGGAGGCAAAGGGAACACUCUGAGAGAACAACAGCUGAGCAGGAAUGACAUCCCCAUCAUCAUCGACAGCUGCAUUGCCUUCAUCACACAGUACGGUCUGGGUCACGAGGGGAUCUAUAGGAAGAACGGAGCCAAGUCCAGGAUCAAACUGCUGAUGGACGAGUUUCGCAAAGACGCCCGAAACGUCAAACUGCGAAUCGGAGACCACUUCAUCGAAGACGUGACGGACGUCCUGAAGAGGUUCUUCAGGGAGAUCGACGACCCCGUGUUCAUGGCGGAGCUCCACCCCCUGUGGCAGGGCGCCGCCAAACUUCCUCAGCGGAGCCAGAGGUUGGACCGAUACAAGGAGAUCAUCCGAAGUCUUCCUCGGGUCAACAGGACCACUCUGGCUGCUCUCAUCGGUCACCUGUACAGAGUCCAGAAAUGUGCAGAUCUGAAUCAGAUGUGUACCAAGAACCUGUCUCUACUGUUCGCUCCCAGUCUGUUCCAAACAGACGGGAAAGGAGAACACGAGGUGAAGAUCGUGGAGGAUCUGAUAGACAACUACCUGUACGUCUUCGAUAUCGAUGAGGAACAUCAGACCCAGAUCGAGUUGGAGAUCAGCCUCAUCACCACCUGGAAAGACACGCAGUUGUCUCAGGCUGGAGAUCUGAUCAUUGAAGUUUACCUGGAGAUGAAGAUCCCAGACUGCUGCAUCACCCUCAAAGUGUCUCCCACCAUGUGUGCUGAGGAGUUGACCAAUCAGGUGCUUUACAUGAGGAACACCCCCCCUGGAGACAGAGACGUUUGGAUGACAUUUGAGGCUAUCGAGGACGGACAACUGGAACGGCCGUUACAUCCCAAAGAGAAGGUUCUGGAACAGGCUCUGCAGUGGUGUAAGAUGGCCGACCCCAGCUCCGCCUACCUGGUGGUGAAGAGGGUUCCAAAAGCCGACGGACUCAACAUCUUCACCUCUUAUAGAAGCGAAAUCAUGAAGAUCGGUUUGUUAAGAUGUCGUGAGGAGCCUCCGAAGCUUCUGCAGGGAAACAAGUUUCAAGAAAGAACGUUCCAGAUCAAAGACCACAAACUACUGCUGCUCAAAGACAAAAAGAGCAUCAAACCUGAGAAGGAGUGGUCUCUGAAGUCCAUGAAGAUCUACAUGGGGAUCCGCAGGAAACUGAAAGCUCCCACCAGGUGGGGCUUCACAGUCAUAUCAGACAAACACCAGCUCUUCCUGUGCUGCAACUGUGAGGCCGAACUCUGGGACUGGAUCUCCAGCUUCCUCAAAGCUCAGAACGAUGACCCCGGUCCUCCGGUCCUCCGCCGCCACUCCUCCUCUGACAUCUCCAAGCAGAAGUUCGGGACUAUGCCUCUGGUUCCGAUCCGAGGAGACGAGAGCAACAGCAGCAUGUUAACGGCCAAUCAGACGCUGAGGAAGCUUCACGACAGACGGACUCUGUCCAUGUACUUUCCCAUGAAGGUUCAGCAGGACUCAUUCGAGGAGCGUUCGGAGUCUCCGGACCUUCCCGAGCCGCUCUACGAGGAGGUCGGUGACUUCGGUCUGCAGGUCCUCAAGUCUUUGGAGACCAGCUUCCUGUCCAGCAGUGCCGCUGAGACCCAUGAGGUCCCGGACCAGCCCCCGCUCCGGCUGGUUCCCAUGGAGACAGGUCACCUGAUCGUCACCGAGCCGGACGCUCCAGAGGACGGCGGAGAGAUGAACAGAGACGGCUCGUUGGACUUGAACGCAACGCAGCCUCCCACAGCAAGGAGGCGGCAGCAGAUUCAGGGAGUGUGUUCGCCGUCACAGGAGGCGCUGCUGCAUGAACUGUCGACCGCACUCUGUAAGAAAAGUGAAGAAGAAGAAGAGGAGGAGGGGGCGGAGCCAGAGGAGGAGAGACUGUAUGAUGUCUGACAAACAUGGAUGUAGGACGAGCAGACUGAAGGGCAAAAACCUGAACCGUCCAUUUCUGAAAACACUUUAUUUACUGUCGUCGGACUCUGACCCCUGACCUGCUGCUGUGCAGGUACAAGGAAUCAAACCGUCAACCGAAACAGUCCCAGCUGAUGGUUGUUCCUCAUGUUCAUGCCUGGAGACCAUCUGAAGUCUCUUCUUUUAUUCCCUGGUGAUCAUACCUUCACCUGGUGCACCUCAGCGGACGCUGCGAUUGGCUGAGAGGUCAUGUGACUCAGCUGAGGAGGACACCAGCCUGGUCUGAAGGUCCACCAGAUGGACUCAGUGUUUGUGUUAUUGUUUUAAGCCUUUACCAGUAUUCCGUGUUUUUGUUGUUGCGUUGUCAUCUCGGAGCCUCUUCAGGUUUGUUUCAUCACUUCCUGUUAGUUCAACACUAAUCUGGUUUUAACAUUCAUCAACUUCCGUUUUUUUUUUUUGUUUGUUUACGUGACUCUAGUUGGACUAAAAGGUCUUUCCAUUACAGUUUUGUGUGAUAUACCAAUUUAACUACGAAGAACCACCUCUAACAAGAACAAAAACUUUCAUCGAAAAACAAGAAUUUUGGUGGAAUUGUCAUUUUUCCAUUCGGCAAAUUUUUAUGCACAAGUUAUAGUCGCACAAUUUGAACGUCAAUGGAAAAGUGACUACUGUCAUCCCAGAAAGAUUCAUUUAGAAAAGUUGACACUAAAUUUGCAGAUUUUCUAAAAUAAACGUCUAUUAAUUGCAUCUUUUAUCCCAAGUACAAUCUACAUUUAUUAUUUAAAGAUUAUUUACGUAUGUCACUUUACUCUGUCUUUUAUUAAUUACUCUGAUAUAUCAAACAUUUUAUCCUAGUGGGGUCUUGUAUUUCCACAGAUGUCCUAAAGUCCAAAAAGCUCUUUUUAUCUUCAAGUAUAAAAGUGUCAAACAGUUAAAUGUUCAUGUAGGUGAUGACUCUGUUUUAACCCUUUGGUUCCAUGUGUUUGUUUUUAACCUCUUAUACAUUCACUCUCCAAAACACGUCUAUUUAUUCAUAUGUGGGCUGUUUCUCUGACCUUUGACCCCUCUGUCUCUGUCAGGAUGUGAUGCUGUGAGUGAACAGCAGGGGCCGGCAGCGCUCCAUGUUUAAUAUGUUCAUAUGGUCAUACAGUUCCACUGGAUUCACUUCAACGUGUCCACGCUUUGUCUCAUCAAACACUGAAAUAAAUGAAUAUAUAUCUGUUUCUUAA